UUCGAACUCGCUCGGCGUAAGACAUUGACUGUUCCCGUAGACGCGGUCGUACAUAUAUAAUUACCUAGUUGCCACAAAACGUUAGCGUUAGCGUUAUAACUGAUUUUAUCUGACGGUCUAACUGCCUAUUUCACAUAGCAAAUAGAUUUUCGUCAGUGCAGCAUCACACGUCAUCAUCAUCAUCAAAGCGCAGAGUUUACUCGGUUAACGCAAUCGUAGCCUUAGUUGCCGUCGUCGUCGUCGUGAUUAUAGUCUGUGUAUUUCUUCUUAACCAUAUCGCUGUUGGAAAAGUGAAAAAGCAAAGAAAACUUGCAAACAAAUUGUAUUAGAAAAAAUUCGACGGUGUACCAACAAAAGUGUGUACGUAGAAAUAUACGUGGAAGAAAAACAUACGGGUAUACGCGCUAAUAAGGCAGUGAAAGAAAAUAAUCAUUUCAAAUAAAUUGAAAAGUUUACUUUACAAAAAGAAAUCUAGAAAAUUAUUGCAAGUAGAAAACAGCGAAAAAGUGUAUGGGGACGAAUCAAAUAAAAAAAACGGGCUAAUUUAACAGCCACCAACAGCAAGCAACAGAGCUCGCAUUUGAUGAUGAAAAAUUGAGAAAUUAAAUAAUUUCGUAUAACAUUCGCAACAAGAACAAUAACAAAACAAUAAAUAAGAACAACAAACGGGCACAACGUAAAACGCAAAACGCAAAACGAAAGAACGCGAAAUACUAAAAUACCAAACGAAUUUAUUGCAAAGCGGCACAAUUUCACGAUUUCGCGAAAAUUGAGUGCAAUAAAUUUUAGUUUGCAGGAAAAUACUCUUUAAUUGAAUAAAAUAAACAAAUCAAUUAAAUAAAAUUAAAUUAAUUAAAAUAAAGAGUACUAAGUAAAAGUAAAAGACAACAGCAAAUUUUGCGGUUUUAGUGCACAGCUGGCACAUUCCAAUACAUACAUACAAUACAUAUACACGUUGUACUUACACUUGAAAGCGAAAAUUCAAGGCGAAAAUUUAAGUGUUGGUCGCAAAUAGAAAUUCACUCACACAGUUUGUGUUGUUUACCAUUUCUACGAGCAUCUAAAGAUAUUUCAAUUCUACUAAAAACGGAGAUAGUGUGCGAAACGAAUAGUGAAUAGAUCCGGAGUUUUCGGCAGUUUGUGCAGAGUCCUGAGAUUAUUGGUGCGGGACACUAGACGCACACUCUGAAUUGUCAUAUCAUUAUCAACAGCGUUCCAACAGAAUGGAUGUCUAUCAAAUUGAUGAUGGUUUUCACUCCGAUGGUGGCACCGAGACGCCCCCACCAUCACCCAGUUCAGGCUCUUCGAUAGCAUCGGCUUCCGAUCAUGGUUCGUUGGAGAGUGUCGAUACUGGCGGCACUCAACGUUUGGCCGUACUCUCAUUCGAACAGGUGCGCAAAUUGCACAAUGUCAUGGACGAAAAGGUUGCCAUACACGGACGUGGUAAUUUUCCCACACUCGAAGUGCCCCUAAAAGACUUGGUUAAUUUGGUUAGACGCAAGCUGGAAGCAGAUGUGAGUGCGGGUGGCGCCGGUGUGAUAGUCAAGGAUGUGCGCUUGAAUGGCGGCGCAGCUAGUCAUGUUUUAGCUUCCGAGGAUCAGCCAUACAAUGACUUGGACUUGAUAUAUGCCAUUGAGUUGACAUCAUCACGUCAUUUUGAUCGCGUCAAGUCUGCUGUGCUCAACACUUUGUUGGACCUCUUGCCCGAGGGUGUGUGCAAGCGUCGCAUUAUGCCGUGCGCCCUAAAGGAGGCUUACGUCGGCAAGAUGGUUAAGGUAAAUAACAAUAAUGAUGGUGAUCGCUGGUCACUGAUAUCGUUGGGCAAUUCGCCUGGACAUAAAAAUGUCGAACUGAAAUUUGUCGACACGAUGCGACGUCAGUUCGAGUUCUCAGUGGAUUCAUUCCAAAUCGUGUUGGAUUCACUGCUACUCUUCUAUGACUGUGCCGCUCUACCCAUAUCGGAAAAUUUCUAUCCGACAGUGGUUGGCGAGUCGGUAUACGGUGAUUUUCAAGAAGCUCUAUAUCACUUGCAAAAGAAACUGAUCUCAACACGACAGCCAGAGGAGAUACGCGGCGGCGGCUUACUCAAGUACUGCAAUCUAUUGGUGCGCAAUUAUAAGCCAGUCGAUCCGCAACAUAUCAAAACACUGGAACGUUACAUGUGCUCAAGGUUCUUCAUCGAUUUCCCCGACAUUAAUACACAAACUAAAAAGCUGGAGGCGUAUUUGUCCAAUCACUUCUGGGGUGUCGAUGAAGAGCCACUACAAUACCAGUACCUGAUGCAUUUACGCGAAGUCGUAGAAAUUUCCACGGUGUGCCUGAUGGGACACGAGCGGCGGCAAACCUUACUGCUGAUACAGACACUGGCCGCGCAGGUGCUCUACAAGGAGCAGCAGAAGCAACAGCAGGCGCAGGAACAGUACCAUCAGCAGCAGCAACAGCACCACCACCAACAACAGCAACAGCCAGUCGAUGUGCAAAAGGCACAAUCGCAGCAACAACAGCAACAACAGCAGCAGCAGCAUCAACAAGUAACGCUGGUCACAACACAACACCAACAGCAAUUACAAGCGCCUCAAACACAGACCAUCUACGUGCAACAGGCAUCCACCUCGUCACCACAGACGACAACGGCGACAAUAUGCUGUACAGCAACAGGCGCCGAACAGCAAGUACAAGUGCCACAACAGCAACAAGUGCAAGCGCUACAGACGCAUGCCGCUGUGGCACAGCCGACGACUACCAUUCUGGUCUAUAAUGGCGUCUACUAUGCACCUGUGAUUCCGACUAUUUGCACAUGCAACCAGACGUGGUUGAGCACGUGAUUGG